AUGCAAGGUCUAUCCAAGUUAAUAAUUAGACCGUUCAGAGAAAGAUACUCAGCUGAGAAAGAUCUAGGGCCUAAAAACUUUAUAGUCAAAGGAAAAGUCUUUACCCGCAAGGAUUUCGCAAUAAUAAAUUCUCGAGGCCUUGCUAUCCAGUGCAGCUGGUUCUUACCUAAGUUUUCAAGGAUCGCAUAUCCCUGCAUGAUAUACUGUCACGGUAACUGUGGAAGCCGCUGUGACUCUUUGGAUAUUGCGAAGGCUCUAUUGCCAGUGGACAUUUCAGUUUUUACCUUUGAUUUUACAGGCUCUGGACUAUCUGAAGGCGAUUAUGUAACCCUAGGCUACUAUGAAAGUUGGGAUAUCAAAACUGUCGUAGAGUAUAUAAGGGAAAGUGGGCAUGCCUCAUCAAUUGGACUAUGGGGAAGGUCAAUGGGAGCGGCUUCGAGCAUUUUAUAUGCAUCUUGUGAUCCUAUGAUUUCUGUGCUAGUUUUGGACUCACCGUUUACGUCGCUUAAGCAGGUUACUGAAGAUUUAUUGACAUCUUAUAAACUCCCAGCGAUACUUUAUAAAUACUUAUUUCAGUCAAUUAGAGAACAUAUAAUUGCCAUUGCAAAUUUUGACAUUUUAGAAGUAAGUCCAAUCAAAUUUGCACAGUACUGCCAGAUGCCAGCCAUCUUUAUGCAUGGAGUUAAAGACAAGCUCGUCCCGAUUUCACAGUCUAGAGAGCUUUAUGAUGUGUAUUCUGCUGAUAAGUACUUAUUGGAGCUAGGAGGUGGACAUAAUUCUCCGAGGCCUGCACAAGUUUUGGAGCGGGUAAUUGAAAUUUUAACAGAAGUGCUAGAUUCUCCACAGCCUUCACAAGAAUAUCUUGAAGAAGGGAUGAAAACAAUUCGAGGUUUGCCUCCAAGUUUUAUUACAGAUUUAACUGUUUUUUGCAUUUUUCACAGAAUAAGGCUACAAAAUAAUUAUUUUAAGGCACUGGCUUUGCCAGUGCUAAAUACUAUUCAAUAUUUUUGAGGAUAAAAUCAAUGUUUCUUUGAAGCAUUAA